CUGCUUUGUUCUCGCUUCCUACGCACUGAAUGUCGCGACCACCCGACAGGCGUGCUUGCGAGAAGGCAAGCAGGGAGACAAGGAAAGUUAUUAAUGUUUUUGCGAAAGAAGGAGUUCAGGGGGGUUGUGAAAGUAGCCGGCAUGACUCGGAGCAAAUAGCAUUUGUUCAACCUCUCGAAGCACCACAUGACAGCGGUGGGAACAGCUUAGAAAACUUAAAUCGCUCAAUCGCGGGAUUUGAAGAGCAUUGUUGCGAAGACCUCACGUCCGUAGACGCAGAUGAAAGGGAACAGUGGGCAGAAGUCAAUCUUGAGUCUGCUCACUUUGGUGCUUGCAGUAGUAGUGACAGUGAUAGUGAAGAGCGCACAAGCGUACAUGACGGACUGCAGGAUUCCUUGCGUGAAUGGGCAAACGAAUAUGGUAUCAAAAGAAGGGCGUUAACAGCUUUGCUGAAGACGCUAAGGACACAGGGGGGACUUCAUCAGUUACCGGAGGAUGGUCGUACACUUAUGCAGACCCCUCGAAAGAACCUGGAUGAUUUUCCCAUUUGUGCUUUGGCGCCAGGAAAGUAUUGUCAUUUCGGACUUGCUGUGGGUCUUCAGCGUUCAUUGUCUCAUGUAGAAAAGCUGCCAGCUGUAAUUCCACUCUCAUUUAAUGUAGAUGGCCUCCCCUUGUCAAAGAGCUCCAAAAUGCAACUGUGGCCCAUACAGUGCUUACCCCGUGGUUGCGGCAAUGUGCCCCCAUUUGUUGUGGGUGCGUUUGCUGGACAGUCUAAGCCAUCCUCGUCUAAUGAUUUCCUGAGGCCUUUUGUUCGAGAGCUGCAAACUUUGCUUGUGCAAGGUGUGAAUAUCAAUGGCGACACUGUUCAGGUGACAGUUGGCUCGGUCAUCUGUGAUGCUCCAGCGCGAGCUUUCGUUACUAUGACAAAAGGCCAUGGAGGGUACAGUGGUUGCGCAAAGUGUACAGUCGAGGGAUCUUACAUCAAUGGAAAAGUAGUAUUUUGCGACAUGGACUGUCCAUUACGAACGGAUGAGAGUUUCAGGGAGCAGCAUGAUGUUGAACAUCACAAGGGAGAAUCUGGCCUGUUGGACCUGCCCAUUGACAUUGUAAAUGACCUCCCUCUUGAUUACAUGCAUCUUGCAUUACUGGGUGUCAUGCGGAAAUUGCUCCAGUUGUGGAUUUCUGGACCACUGCGGGUUCGUUUGGGACCUCUCGAUAGGCACACAUUCAAUGAAAAGAGCAAGCUGCUAAAUCCUCACAUCCCUAGUGAAUUUCCCCGUAGGCCACGUGGACUCGAUGAGCUCGACCGCUGGAAGGCAGUCGAGUUCCGACUUUUUGUAUUCUACACAGGCCCGUUGCUUCUCAAGUUCUGCCUUCGAGAUGAUCUAUACCAGCACUUUUUGCUGCUCCAUGCGUCAUUAUCUAUACUUGCAAACAAGGAGCUGUGUCGUGAGCAUGCUGGUUAUGCCGAUGAGCUCUUGAGAUGCUUUGUUUCACAUUUCCGCGAAUUGUAUGGUGACGAGCAUGUUUCUUUCAACGUGCACAGCCUCAUACAUCUUGCUUCUGAUGUUAAAAUACAUGGAGAGCUAGACUCCUUCAGUGCCUUCCCAUUUGAGAACAACAUGCAGGUGCUCAAGAGGCAGUUGCGCAAGCAUGGAAAACCCUUGGAGCAGCUGCGCAACAGGAUGGUAGAGAGCCAGUCUUGGACACGCAGACAGACAUGGGAUGAAAUUCCUGUACAUUUUAGCCGUCCUCACAGUCGAGGAGAACUGCUGCCGGAAUGCUGCCCUCCUGAAUAUGAAAGGCUGUCAUGGGAUGCAUAUACAAUUGCAUUGUCUAAAAGAGACAACUGCUUUGCACAGGAUGGCCAUGUUGUUCUGGCAAAAAACAUAGCCUAUAUCAGAGGGUCUAAGCAGCCAUGCAUAAUUGGCCAAGAGUUUCUCAUCAAGGAAGAUUUCUAUUCUUUACCCUUUGAGUCUUCCAGAAUGGGCAUUUAUGUUGUAUCAGGGCUAUCGGGCCUGAAGCCUUGGCCCCUGCACAACCUCCAAAAAAUGGUGAAGCUGCCACUGAAUGGAAAGUUUCUGGUUAUUCCAGAGCUUCACACAAUUUAAAG